AUGGACAAGAGUUGGAUUGCAUUGGGUAAGACACCUGAUGGAAGGAUAAGUCAGUCGUUUAUUGAUGGGGUGACAUCAUUUAUCAAAUUUGCAAUGGCAGUUGUUGACCAGGAAGGUAAAAUUCCGUGCCCAUGUUUGAACUGUGUGAACUAUUAUUCCCAAAAUCUUCGAAAUGUGCAAAUUCAUUUGCUUCAAUAUGGGAUUAUGCAAACGUACACUAUUUGGCAUGAGCACAGGGAACCACGUGUAUCAAAUGAGGCUCACCGUGAAAUGGCAAUUGAUGAAGAUGAGGUUUUAGGUGGUAUUGAUGCCUUAGUGGAAGAUCGAAUAAGAGGAGAACCCAACGAUUCACCCCAGAAUGAGGAAAUACAAACGUUUGAUAAACUAUUGAAUGAUGCCAAACGUGAGGUGUACUUAGGUUGCACAAGCUACACCCUGUUGAAGUUUGUCAUCGAGCUGCUUAAUAUGAAGGUAACAAACCACUGGAGCAAUAAGUCGGUUGACACACUGUUGGAGUUUUUAACAAAAAUUUUACCAAAAGAUAAUUUGGUUCCAAAGUCAUUUUAUGAAGCUAAGAAAAUACUUCAUGAUUUGGGCUUGUCAUAUGAGUUAAUUGAUGCUUGUAUAAAUGAUUGUGUACUCUUUUGGAAGGAAAAUGCAAGGUUUGAUAAAUGUCCAAAAUGUAAGGCAUCCAGAUACAAGAUCAAUCGUGGCACGGGUAAGAAGAUUCCCCAUAAGGUGUUGCGGUACUUCCCAUUGACACCAAGGUUGAAAAGAUUGUACAUGUCAAGAAAGAUUGCUGAGGACAGGAGAUGGCACAAGGACAAACGUAUAGAUGACGGAGUAUUGAGGCAUUCCGCCGAUAGUGAUGAGUGGAAGGAAUUUGAUGCGCAAUAUCCUCAGUUUGCCAUGGAGCCUCGAAAUGUGAGGCUAGGGUUGGCUGUUGAUGGGUUCAAUCCUUUCGGGAACAUAAGCAACUCAUAUAGUUUGUGGCCUGCAGUACUCAUUCCUUAUAACUUGCCACCUUGGUUGGUUAUGAAAGAUCCCUUUCUUAUGAUGUCAUUACUUAUUCUUGGAGAAUCACAACCAGGGAUCGAUAUUGAUGUCUACCUGAGACCUUUGGUGGAUGAGUUGAAUGAGUUGUGGGAAAAUGGUGCAUUAUCUUAUGAUGCCGUAACUGGUGAGUCUUUCCAGAUGCGUGCAGCUUUGACGUGCACUAUACAUGAUUGGCCUGCAUUUGGUGACAUAUCUGGGUGGAGAACAAAGGGUCAUUAUUCUUGUUACACUUGCAAUGAUGAACCAUAUUUUCAAUCCUUGAAAGGUGUCGCAUAUGGAAAGCAUCCAAGAAACAAGAAAAGACUCCGUCAGGCACCAAAUUGGACAAAGGUAAGCAUCCUGUAUGAGUUACCAUACUGGAAGAAACGGAAGCUUCGACACAACAUUGAUGUCAUGCAUGUCGAGAAGAAUUUUAGUGAAAAUACCUUUGGAACUAUGUUAGGCAUUAAUGAAAAGAACAAAGACACCAACAAAGCACAAAUGGACUUAGAAGAUAUGGGCAUAAGGAAAGAGUUGUGGUUAACACGUCGUCCUGAUGGAACUUAUGUCAAACCUAGGGCAAUCUUUUCAUUGACCCCUGAAGAGAGGGAGGGUUUCUUUGAAUUCUUGAAAUCAGUGAUGUAUCCAGAUGGCUAUGCUGCGAACAUAUCAAGAUUAGUGAAUGCGAGAAAUUGUAAAUUAACAGGCUUGAAAAGUCAUGACUGCCAUCAAACUGGAAUUCAACAGCAAUAA